UUUGUGCUCAUGUCGUUUUGCAUCCUUUUUAUAUCUGCAGGUGGACAGGCACUACACCUAAUCCACUUACCCGCUAUGAGCAAAGUAGCAGAGAAUUCUCCACCUGAGACUUCAGUGCACAAGUUUUCUGUGAAUUUAUCAGCAUCACUGUCACCUGUGGUCCCAGGGUUCCCUCUGAUAAUCAACUCCAGUCCCCUCACUCGGGGCUUCAGGGUGAACUGGCUGUCGGACACUGACUUUGAGGUUGUCACCACUGGGAUGGAACAAUUAGAUUUUGAAGCAGGACCACACAUAUUUGACUUGCAGAUUUAUGUGAAGGAUGACAUGGCUGUCACUGACCUGCAGGUCCUGACGGUCCAGGUGACAGAUGUGAAUGAGCCGCCUGAGUUUCAGGGCAACUUGGCAAAAGGUCUAGAUCUCUACAUAGUGGAAGGAACAAAGCCCGGAUUUGUUUACCAGAUGGAGGCCUUCGAUCCAGAAGACACAAGUCAAAACCUACCCCUCAGUUAUCUCCUGAUUUCCCCUUCAAAGAAUUUCAGAAUGUCUGCUAAUGGGACCCUCUUCUCCACAACAGAAUUUGACUUUGAAGCAGGACACAGCAGUUAUCAUCUCAUCGUGGAAGUGAGAGAUAGUCAAGGACUCAGAGCAUCCACGGAGCUGCACGUGAAUAUCGUGAACAUCAAUGAUGAGAUCCCACGCUUCACCAGCCUGACACACACGUACACGAUUCCCGAGGAGCUGAGUCCAGGAAUCAUCGUGGCCCAUAUCACAGCGGAGGACCCUGAUGAUAAAGGUUUUACCUACUUCCUUCUCUACAGCAUCACUACUGUCAACAGCUAUUUCAUGAUCAAUCAGUUGACUGGGACCAUCCAAGUGGCGCGCAGGAUAGACCGAGAUGCAGGUGAAUUAAGACAAAAUCCCAUCAUAUCUCUGGAGGUUCUGGUGAAGGAUAGACCCUCCGGGGGUCAAGAGAAUCGCAAGCAGAUAACCUUCAUUGUGGAAGACAUUAAUGACAACCCCUCGACAUGCACCAAGCUCACCUUCAGCAUUAUGGUGCCUGAGAGAGCAGCCAGGGGGACGUUGCUUCUGGACCUGAACAAGUUCUGCUUUGAUGAUGACAGCAAAGCACCAAACAACCAAUUCAACUUCACCACGCCAUCUGGAGUGGGGAGCGGCAGUAGGUUUUUACAGGAUCCAGCUGGCUCUGGGAAAAUCGUGUUGAUUGGUGAUCUAGAUUAUGAAAAUCCAAGUAAUCUAGCAGCCGGCAAUAAAUACACCAUGAUAAUUCAGGUACAGGAUGUUGCUGCUCCUUACUAUAAAAAUAACAUCUACAUUUAUAUCUUAACAAGCCCAGAAAAUGAGUUUCCUCUUGUCUUUGAUAGUCCGUCCUAUGUAUUUGCUGUGUCAGAACUGAGCCCACCUAGAACCCGGGUUGGACGAGUGCAAGCGGCAGAUAAAGACUUCCCCCAGAGCCGCAUCACAUACUCCAUCUCUGCUGGAGGGGCCAGCCAGCAGUACCCAAAUAUAUUUUGGAUUAAUCCCCAAACGGGAGAACUGCAGCUGGUGACUAAAGCAGACUAUGAAACAAUCCCUGUCUAUAUUCUCAGAAUCCAGGCCACCAACAGCGAGGACAGCAGCUCAGUCACUGUUACUGUGAACAUCGUUGAAGAAAAUGACGAAAAACCAAUUUGUACCCCAAACUCAUAUUUCCUGGCCAUCCCAGUGGAUCUGAAAGUUGGCACAAAUAUUCACAACUUCAAGCUCACAUGUACUGACCUUGAUUCCAGCCCUAGGUCUUUUCGUUACUCCAUUGGCACAGGCAACAUCAACAGUCAUUUCACUUUCUCUCCCAACGCUGGGUCCAAUGUUACAAGCCUGAUCCUGGCGACUCGCUUUGAUUAUGCUAGUGGGCUUGAUGAGAUCUGGAACUACAAACUGCUUGUCUACAUAACCGAUGACAACUUGCUGUCCGGCAGGAAGAGGGCUGGGGCUCUUGUUGAAACCGGGACUGUGUCACUGAGUAUUAGUGUCAUUCCUCACCCAACCAAGAUUAUCCCCACAACUCCCAAGCCAAGGAUCACCUACCAGAUCCUGAGGAAGAACGUGUAUUCUCCAUCUGCGUGGUAUGUGCCUUUUGUCAUCACUUUGGGCUCCAUGUUGCUUCUGGGUCUUCUGGUGUCCACGAUCGUCCUGCUGGCCAAAGCCAUCCACAGACACUGUCCCUGCAAGACUGCAAAGCACAAGAAACCUCUGGUGAAGAAAGUAGAAAUGAAGAACACAAAGAGAGAGGUCAUGGUGGAAACAAUCCAGAUGAACACAGUCUUUGAUGGAGAAGCCACUGAUCCAGUUACUGGGGCAAUAUAUGAAUUCAACUCAGAGACUGGAACCAGAAAGUGGAAAGACUCCUUAACCCAAAUGCCAAAAUGGAAAGAGUCCAGCCCCCAGGGAGCUGCUCCAAGAAGACCUGUCCCUCGGGAAGGGACCAGGCCACCAAGGAGCGCCGACAAGGAAAGAGGUGGUCUGAGCAGCAAAGUCCAGGCUGAGGAUGCAGGUCUGGGGCCUAGGAGCCAGGACAGCAUGCCGAGCACCCCAAAGAACAGAAACCCAGCCGUUACGAGAGGGGCAUCCCCCAAACGGCACCCAGAGAAGUGA